AUGCCAGAUACCAUUCCUGAUGGGACUCAUCCGAGUUCUUUGACGAUGUUUCUGAUUGAAAACACCGUUUCCUUCGCGUUUUCCUUCGCGUUCUCUGAACUGCGGUCCCUGAUCUGCGAUCUCUCUCGCUCUCUCUCUCUCUCUCUCUCUCUCUCUCUCUCUCUCUCUCUCUCUCUCUCUCUCUCUCUCUCUCUCUCUCUCUCUCUCUCUCUCUCUCUGCCGCGUCUGCCGCUUCUCUCGCGUUCCGACGCGUUCUCCGAUCCUAUCCAAUCUGAUCUCCGAUCUCAUCUGCUCAACUCAAGUGUGCAGGCCGAUUAUAUAGAGAAAGGCGGAGCUAAACAGUUUUUAGGCACCGCCCACGAAUGCAAAUCGCCUGGACCACCAUGUGUUUUCCGCCGGAUCUCCGAAGCUACGCGGGAACCCAUUAUGAUCACCUCGCUCGUCUUCUUAAACACGGUAUUUUCACUGUGCUCCCAGGCAUUAGCAGCCAAAAUCAGCAUCACCAGCGCCCAGGGCCUUCCCUCGUCCAUGUCUGAAAGAGACGGAGGGAACAGUCUAUCUUACAUAAUUAUCUGUUUAUUUUUUCCGUCAGACGGCUGCAUUGUGGAGAUCCCAAUUGCUCGAUCCGUCUUCUUCUCCGCUAUCACUAGGCUUAAUAUUCUCUUCCUCGGGGUGUCCGACCAGAGGUCGAGUUACCUCCCUUAG